AUGCGACUCCGACCCGAUUGGAGAAUAUCGACGCGGCACGCAUGUCUGGGCCGCAUAACCCCUCCGCCAAGCGUUUCCUCCAGUCCUUCCGCCAGCCCGUCCGCGCGCCCUCCGCUCGGCCCGCCCCCCGAGUACAGCGAUUCCUUCACUGAUCUCCUCUUCAUCCACCUUUGCCGCCAAGCCUUCGGGCGCGUGGCGCAAUGGCAGUCCGCGCGCCCGUGGGCGGAGGGCUACCUGGGCAUGGUGGAGGUCUCCCGCGCGCUCAUGCGCGGGCGCUCCGCGGAGGCGCAGCGGUCCGCGGUGCUGCAGGGCUUUCCGCGCGUCCCCGCGUGGUUCCGCCGCGCGUUCCCCUUCUCGCACUGGGGCGCGGAAGCCAACGCGGCUAUCACUCCGCGGUUCUUCUCCUGGCUGGUGGGCCCAUGCCACGUGGAAGAAGCAGAGAUUCCCGCGGUUGACGAGGGGGAAUUUCGCAGCGGAGCAGCGGGGGAGGGGGAGAAGCGGGAGAAGGGGGAGAAGGGGGAGAAAGGAGAGGUGGGGAGUGGGGCAAGGGGAAAGAUGGUGAAGUUGCAGUGUGGUGUGAAGAUAGAGAGGUGUAGAUAUCUGGAGACGAGUGGGUGUGUGGGAAUGUGUGUUAACCUGUGCAAGAUGCCCACUCAGCACUUCUUCACGCAUGAACUCGGUGUUCCGCUCACUAUGGAACCCAACUUUGAGGACUUCAGCUGUCGCAUGGUGUUUGGCCUUCCUCCUCCACUCCCAUCCUUGGACCCUGCUCUCCAGCAACCAUGCACAGCCACGUCAUGCCCUGCAGCUAGAUUAGAUACCGACGAGCCAUGUCACCAGCUUCAGUGA